UGUGCUCCACAAUGGGAUGGAAUAACCUGUUGGCCGCAAGGAUCUCCCAACCAGCUGGUUUCAGUUUCCUGUCCAGGACACAUUUAUGACUUCAACCACCAAGGAUUUGCUCAUAGAAAAUGUGGCUCUUCUGGCAAGUGGCUUCAGGCACCAGGAGUCAACAGGACCUGGGCCAACUACAGUGAGUGCCUCACAUUGGUCAGUCCAGGGAGAAGGACCCAGGAAGUGUUUGAGCGUUUGUGGUUAAUAUACACUGUAGGAUAUUCAGUCUCUCUGGCCACGCUUCUGAUUGCCCUCUGUAUACUCUGCUUCUUCAAGCGCUUGCACUGUACUCGGAAUUACAUCCACAUCCACCUCUUCACUUCAUUCAUCUGCCGGGCAGGGAGCAUAUUCCUAAAGGACGCGGUGCUCUAUUCCAGGGAGGACGAAGGGGUAAUAGAGGAUGAAAUGGGAGAGAUUUCAUUGGCUAAAGCAUCAGAGCUCCAGUGGGUGAGUCAGUAUUUUGAGUGUUUGGUGACGGUGACCCUCUUCUUGUAUUUCUUGGCCACUAACCACUACUGGAUCCUAGUGGAAGGUCUCUAUCUGCACAGCCUCAUCUUCAUGGCAUACCUGUCUGACCGCAGCUACUUCUGGGCGCUGACAAUCAUUGGCUGGGGACUCCCUGCGGUAUUUGUCUCUGUGUGGGCAAGUGUACGGGUGUCUCUAGCAGAUACACAGUGCUGGGACCUGAGUGCUGGCCACAUGAAGUGGAUUUACCAGACACCAAUUCUAGCUGCAACUUUGGUCAAUUUCUUCCUUUUUCUCAACAUCAUCAGAGUUCUGGCAUCAAAACUGUGGGAGACUAAAACUGGGAAACUUGAUCCACGACAGCAAUAUGGGAAACUGCUGAAGUCCACCCUGGUCCUGAUGCCACUUUUUGGGGUACAUUACGUCGUCUUCAUGGCCAUCCCAUAUACAGAGGUGACAGGGUUAUUGUGGCAGAUCCAGAUGCAUUACGAAAUGUUCUUUAACUCUUCCCAGGGGUUCUUUGUGGCCAUUAUCUAUUGUUUCUGCAAUGGAGAGGUGAGAGGCUUGUUGUGUGAUGUGUUUAUAGAUACAAUGUGUUUAUUGUUGGUUUUAAGAGUGCAGUGGGUUUCAAAAGGCUACACUGCUCAAAAAAAGUAG